AUGUUGCUGAAUCCAGUCAUUUCAAAGCUGGCAGGGAAGAGGGUUGUACUGGCCAGUGCAUCUCCACGAAGACAAGAUAUACUUUCCAAUGUGGGUCUUCGCUUUGAAGUGGUUCCAUCUUGGUUCAAAGAAACUCUUGAGAAGUCUUUGUUUUCUGCUCCACAAGAAUAUGCGGUUGAAACUGCUAAGCAAAAGGCACUGGAAGUGGCAAGAAGAAUGCACAUGAAGCACCGUAAAACCCCAGAUAUUGUCAUCGGAGCAGAUACUAUUGUGACACUAGAAGAUGCGAUCCUUGAAAAGCCUCUUGACAAACAAGACGCGUAUAAUAUGUUAUCAAGGUUGAGUGGCAAAGAACACAGUGUCUUUACAGGUGUAGCAAUUGUUCACUGCAAAAGUGAGAAAGAUAACCAGCUGGACACUGAUAUUGUUGAUUUUUAUGAAGAAACCAAAGUCAAAUUUGCUGUUCUGUCAGAAGAUCUUCUGUGGGAGUACAUCGACAGUGGGGAGCCAAUGGAUAAAGCUGGUGGAUAUGGCAUUCAGUCUCUUGGGGGAAUGUUAGUAGAAAGUGUACAUGGAGACUUUUUGAAUGUAGUUGGUUUUCCGCUGAACCACUUCUGCAAAAAGCUUGCAGAAAUCUACUAUCCACCUUCCAAACAAUCCAUACAUAGAGUAAAGCAUGACUCCAUUCCAUAUGUAGAGAGCUUUGAAAACCUCAGUGACGUGGAGAAAGACUGCUCUUCUAGUAAGAACUCUGACAUAAAGAAGGCAAGGAAGGAUUGUGGUAAUAACAGUUGUAGUUCUGGGCCCUCUUUACAACCUACAACAAUUAUUCAAAAUGGAGUUGAAAAAAAGUCAGAAAACACCAUUCAGUUCCCCUCAAAAAUUAUUGAACUUCUGGAUGGCUUUAAAGCAUCAAAGACAUUGUUUGCAGCAUCUAAACUGAAGGUCUUUGAUAAGUUGAAAGAUAAAGGUGCGCUGAAGGCCAUGGAUAUUGCGGAUAAGAUUAAUGCUUCUGUACAUGGAACUGAAAGGCUUCUUGAUGCCUGUGUCGCCCUUGGCCUGCUAGAGAAAACUCAUCAAGUAUAUAGUAAUACGGAGUUAGCUAACACCUUUCUGGUAUCCGAUGCUGAAUUUUCAGUUCACGGUUACAUCAUUCACUCUAAUGACCAUCUGUGGUCCCAUUAUACCCACCUGGAGUCUGCAGUAGUAGAAGGAAUAAACUAUCACCAUAAAGCCCAUGGACAAACAGCUGAACAUGUGCAUGGACCUGAAGUCAAGGAGCGUUAUAUGAGGGCCAUGCAUUGCACGCUUAAAAUAACAGCAAGAGAUGUAGCAACAGCUUUUGACCUUUCCAAGUACAGUACUGCAUGUGAUUUAGGAGGCUGCACUGGUGCCCUUGCUCAUGAACUGUCUUGGAUAUACCCAGAGAUGAAAGUCAAAGUUUUCGACCUUCCUGAAGUUAUUAAAAACGUUACUCAGUUCCAGCCAGAAAAAUCAGACUCCACUCGUAUAAUAUUUACCUCAGGUAACUUUCUAGAUGAUGCUCUUCCAAAGGCUGAUCUGUACAUCUUAUCUAGAGUCUUGCAUGAUCUACUGGAAGACAAAUUACACCAUCUUUUGAGGAAGGUGUCAGAAGCUUGUAGCCCAGGGAACAGUGCUCUGCUUAUUGCUGAAAUUGUCCUGGAUGAAGAAAAGAGGGAGCCAAGAGCACUAUUACAGUCUUUGAGCAUGAGUGGAGGAAAGCAGCGAAGUGGCACAGAAUACAAGCAACUUCUAGAAAGUCAUGGAUUUAAUAGAGUACAAAUUAAGAACACUGGCAACUUAUUAGAUGCAAUUCUUGCUGUAAAAAGAUAG